AUGAGGAACCUACUUAUUCUCAAGCAAUUCAUCAACGGCUCAUUUUCAUCAUCACAUCGUGGUGUUUCAGCGACCGCUGUUUCUGUCAGCAACUCUUCUGUUCCUUUCCCUCUCUCUUCCCGACGACAUGCAGUUUAUGCCCCAUUGAUUGAGGAGGAAGCUGAAAGCGUUGUCUUUCCAAGGGAGGGCCCUGGAAUUUCUCAUGGUCUUAACUGGUCUCUGGCUGGAAAAGGCGUUAUUGUAAAGGAUAAAGCUUUUCAGAACUUGAAGCGUUCUGAGCUACAUCAGAAAGGUGCAACUGUUGCAGAGGGAAUGUUCUCCAAGGAACUCCAGAAAUUUCGAAAGCACGGUUCGGUAAACUUUAGAAACAGGUCACGAUUCACUUAUCGUCCAUUUCGGAGAUAUUUAUUCAUAAUGGGGGCUAUUGGUUCAUCACCAAAAUGUAAUUUUAAAGUUCGUGUAAUAAGUGAUACUCCUGCUGUUUUAUCAUUUUCUGAUGUCCUUUGGGGAACCCCUACCCGUGGAGUUUCUCAUGAUUCCUGUCCCCUGACAAUUUAUGUUGCUUCAUCAUUAAGUACAAGUGCUGCAGAUGCUCUCGGGCUAGGAAGUCAAGCUAAAGCGUUGUCUGCCUUAUCUGGACCUAUUAUAUCUUCACGGGGAGGCCUUCUUCUGUCUGCUAGGCUUCUUGUCUCUGGCGAUUCUGUGAUUCUUUUGCUUGCUUCAGAAGAUGCCAUCCAGAGCUGCUCAGGUCUUUUUGUUUCAGCCGAUGCUGGUGCAAUUCUUUCUUCUGAAGGAGCACCUGCUUUGGGCAAACUGGGUCAAUAUGGAUCAUGGCUUGUAAGCUCCGGAGCUAUCCCUGCUGUUUCAAAGCUCUCUCCUGGCUCUUCUGUCCAAGGCAAGGAUCUGAUUAAUUUGGUGCAAUCGACCCUAAAGGAAAACAUUCCAAAAUUUCAACCUAAAGGUGGAUAUCUCCAAGGAAGGUACAAGACCUUUUUAUCCAGCAAGUUUCAAGAGUUGCCAGAGGAAUUCUCUUUUUGA